CGAAAUUGGCAAAAAACAAAAUGGCGGCGUAUAAUAUUUUUGUUUGGCAUAGAAUAUAAAAAUAUCCGUAUUUGUGUGUGCACCGAGUGGCGUAAACAAACGCCCUGCAAGCGGACAGAACAGGCAGUGAGCGAGCGGACUUUGGCAGGCGAUCGGGCACCGCUGGAAGGGACCCGCACAUCGCCAACUCGCGUUGGAAGGGCCAGCAGAGCCGGAGGAGGAGUUCCAUAUUCGCCACUUUUUGUUGUCAGGGCGCUUCCAAGGCGGGCAGCGGCCCCUUCCCGGGAACCACCGCUAAUUGGAUUGGACUGGAAAGAGGCGGAGCGCGCGGAGGCGGAGGCGGCAGAGGAAGAGGAAGAGGGGCAGGAGGAGGGACAGGAGGAGGGACAGGAGGCGGACCCGAGGAGGACGCCGCGAUGGCCACCACCCAGCAGUACUCGCUGCGGUGGAACAACUACCUGCGCCACCUCACCUACUCCCUGGACAACCACCGGCUGAACGACGACUUCGUCGACGUCAGCCUCUGCGUGGACGGGCGCCGGAUCAAGGCCCACAAGGUGGUGCUCUCGUCCUGCUCGUCGUACUUCAAGGAGAUCUUCAAGGAGAACCCCCAUCCGCACCCAGUCAUUAUCUUUAAGUUCAUCAAGUUUGAGGAUCUCAACUCGAUCAUCGAGUUCAUGUACCAGGGCGAAGUCAAUGUGCAGCAGGAGGCGCUGCAGUCCUUCCUGCAGACCGCCGAGCUGCUGGCCGUCCAGGGGCUCACCGCCGAGGAGAAGGAGAAGCCGCAGAUGCCGGUGGCGCCGCUGAUCAGCGAGCACAAGCUGAUCAAGACCAUACCCAGCACCAUUCGCGCGGUCAACGAGCAGCAGCAGCAGCAGGUGGCCAACGUGGCCCAGGCGCAGACGGCCACGCAGACCAUCGAAAUACCCACGGCCACGCUGCUGCAGGCCACCACCGCCAGCCAGGUGCAAUCGCAGGUGGUGGCAGCCGCCGCGGCAGCCGCCCAGCAGCUGCAAGUCCAGCAGCAACAGCAGCAGCAGCAUCACCAUGUACAAACCACCCAGAUCCAGCACAUCCAAGUGCAAUCUGCACCGCCCCCCCAGCAGCAGCAACAGCAGCAGCAGCAACAACAGCAGCAGCAGCAAUCCCAGCAGCAACAGACAACGCCGGUGCAGACGCAACACCUGACCAUCACGAAUGCGGUGGCCCUGCCGGCGGCCAGUUCGGUGAAGAAGCGCAAGAUCACCUUCUCCGACGACGAUGACAACAUCUACACCACCGAAACCGUUGACUAUGCCGUCAAGGAUGAGCAGACCAUGGUGAAAACUGCCGAGAUGACUUUCCUGCGCGGCGCCGUCAAGAUGGACAUACCCGACUACAUUGUGGGCGAGGUGGAUGACCGCCUGUCGGAUGGAGCCACGCCGCAAACGUCGCAGGACGCCACCAAUGCGGCGGCCCAGAAUGUGGCCCAGUACUCCUCCGAGUACGAGAUACUCACCGAGUCCGAAAUGGAGGAGAAGUACCAGGCGGACGCGGACAACGCCGAGAUUGCCAUUGAGAUGACCCGAUUGUUGACCAAUGCGGGAGGGGCGGCGGGUGCGAACUCCGGCCAGGUGAUGGAGGACACGGGUGGCGGCGGAGCAGGAAGUGGCCCCUCGACUACGGUGUCUGUGACGCCGGUCAAAUCGGACAGCAAGGCCAGCGGGACAAACGAUUCGCCCAAUAAUAAGUGGACGGAAUGUCAGUUUUGCAAAAUGGUUAUAACCACGGUUAAUCUUUGGAGACAUAUUCGCACCCAACACACCCCACAGCCGCCGCGCAAGUGCGAUCUGUGCAAUAAGAAUUUCAAGAACAAGUACAGCCUGCGCGAGCACAUACGCAUCUCGCACGAGCAGAAGGUGGCCAUCAAGACGGAGAACUGAUGCGUGCUGAUCGGCCUCAGCCAGCGGCGAGCAGGAUCCGGAGCGGCGUCGAUAGGAUAUUUGAUGAAGGCGGCCGAGAGAUAUAGUUAAUUACGUCCAGCUUGGCGAGAAGCCAACCAACCAACCAACCAGCCAGCCAGCCAAUUCCCUACCCUCCCCCAGUACCCAGCAAAAGGCCCCCCAAACUAGCCAAAAUUGUCAACUCACAUGCAAAGCAGUUAGGAGUACGGAGCGUUACACUUAGCGUACACUUAGCCCUCGAUGUUUAGCCCCUAUGCGUAGUUAUAUAGCCCCCUCACGGUAGCCUGUAAGUCAAGUCAGUCAGUCAGUCAGUCGGUCAGUCGGUCAGUCGGUGAGUGGAGCUGGUGAUCCCGUCGUUGACCAAGCCAUGUCGUGUGUCCACGUAAUGCGUACAUGUACCACUUGUAUUUUAGUCCACAACUUGCUUUAGACACUUCUCCAUUAUUAUUGUGUAGAUGGCAAAGUGCAAGCCCUUGGAAACCCCAUUGACACCGUCAUUAUGUAUAUAAACACACACGAAACACAGGAAUCUUUGGAGAUUUGAAGGCCCACUGGGUGCUUAACAGCUCAGACAGAGUGAUAGAAUUUAAAGAAGGAACAGAUAAAGUUGUUUGUAGAAGCCCUAUUUAACUAUAUCCAAGCUCUUAAACAGCCUAAGCAGCUGUAAAGCCCCGAAAUGUAUUAUUUCUUACUUAAAACUCUGAUAUUACUCAGUUUUGUACAUAGAGCUAGGCGACUUAACCUACUUUUAGACACCAAAAACAUGUUUAGCGAUCCCUAAUCCCCCCCAAAGCUCUGUACUUUGCUCACCAAAAAACGAACUAAAAUACCCCUUGUGUACAAAUUUACGAUACGAUAAUUAACGUAUAGCCCAGCGCGCUCUUUUGACCAUCUGUGUUCAGCAUUAGAGCGUUGGCCGUUGAAUGUAAAUUAGCUAAAUUAGUUUUAGUUUAGUUUAAGAGCCCCCUGUCCCUAGUUUAGUUCUUUGGUAUAACUUAGUUGAGUAGCCCACACGAGCCAAGUGAAAACGGAAGUCAUAGCGCGUACGCUAGGUUUAGUUGAAAGUAUUUUCCAAAACAAGUUAAGUAACAAACAAAAAAGAAAAACAAAAAACAAAAGACAAAAAAAAGGAAAAAAAUAUAAGAAAAACCUGUAGAAAUCCUCUCUAAGACAAGAACUCAAAAUCACAAACACGGAUACAUACUAAAGAUAAUCUAGUUAAAUGAAGAGCAAACUCAUACGUAUUACUUAUCGAUCCGCAUAUUGAUCUAUGUAUACACCUCUAGUUAAUGUUAUAUCUCUAAAAGCCCGGCGUUGGGCCUGCAGCAGUCUAAACCCCAGGCCGUGGUCCCAGGGAAAAUAAGGAAAGUCCCACACGAACCCACCCAACCACUAUUUUCGGCCCAUUUUGCCACUUGCCAACGAGACAAUGGAUGGGACUGCGGCCGCAAGGGGCUAACUGAUCGGUUUUCCGGGCUUUUGGGCAGCACAUAGGCCGGAGAUUCCAAUUCCAAACCCAAAAACACUAGCUCUAAGCCGUGUGUGUGUGGAUUGAUUCAUGCACAUCAACGAAAUGAAACUAAAUUACUCGAUUCAAUUCGUUUUGCUAGAAAAGAAAGAGACAGCUACAGAGAGCGAGAAAGAGAUGGAGAGAGCGAAAAAUAAAAGAAUUACAUGUAAACCAUUUAAAA